UCAAGAAAGCUCUUGGCUCAACCAGAGGGUCCGAAGUUUUUAUCAUUUUUUUAGUGCGAUUUUCUUUUCUUUACGUUUCUUAUGUAGACAAUGCAGAUACAAGAUGAUGUCUGAUCAGUUUAGAAAAGUAGAACCGUAUUCCCCCAAGUCGUCGCCGCGAGGCGCGAGGUCACCAGUGGUGUCUCGUCAGGAUUCCUCUGGAACCCUCAAAACUACUAUCUCACUGGGCAAGAACCCUUCAAUAGUGCAUAGUGGACCAUUCUAUUUGAUGAAAGAACCUCCAGGAGAAUGUGAACUCACAGGAGCAACUAAUUUAAUGGCUUAUUAUGGACUCGAACACUCGUAUAGUAAAUUUAAUGGUAAAAAACUCAAGGAAUCUCUGUCUUCAUUUCUACCUAAUCUGCCUGGAAUUCUUGAUGGGCCUGGUCAGGAAGAUAAUAGUACAUUAGGUUCAGUAAUAGCGAAGAGGCCAAUAGGUGGCAAAGAACUGUUGCCACUAUCAAGUGCUCAGCUAGCUGGAUUCCGACUGCAUCCAGGCCCUCUGCCUGAACAGUACAGAUAUGUAAGUGCAACCCCACCAAAGCGACAUAAGACUAAGCACAAGAAACACAAGCACAAGGAUGGAGUCCCGCCUGGUCAAGAGACACCAUUGCAAGAUUCCUCAAACCCAGACACAUAUGAGAAGAAACACAAAAAGCAGAAGCGUCAUGAUGAUGAUAAAGAGCGCAAGAAGAGGAAAAAGGAAAAGAAGAGGAAAAAGCAGAAGCACAGCCCGGAGCAUGGAGGUCUCACUCCCAGCCAGCACCCACUACCGUAAACUGUUGUACCAUAGUAGUAAGAUGAAGCUAUUGAGCCCAAAGAGACUGCUCCGUAUAAUCUGUAAUUGUCUUACUCAGUUCAUACAUAAGCUGUGACCAAAAUAAUUAUGUCCUUUUAGUACUUCAGUUCCCAAUAUCAGUUUGCCAAAUAUGUCAUUUUCUGCUGACAUAAAUUGACAUUAUAAAUUAGUUGAUUAGUGGCACUUUACCCAGCUGGUUUCAAUUUUCCUACAUAGAUAGAAAUAAUUGUAAUAAUAAGGGAGUAGGAAUAUUUGUAAUAAAGCUGUAAAUAAUAUUAAAAUGAUUGGAACAGAAUAAUUAUUUUCAUAAAACAAGCUAAACAAGCUCUGUAUGUAUAUUCUUUAUUCUAAAAGCUACAAGUUUCGAGUGUGGUCUUUUAUUCAUAGUAGAGGUCGUAGGAGUGAUUACUAUUAUUAUUUUAUGAAUAUUAUUGUAUUACACAAAUUAAACGAGAAUAUUGAUUGCUAGACAGAAUGAGAGUUAGUGGAAACAGUAAGUACACUAGAUCAAGCUAUUUAGAGAUAGACAUGUCAUCUCUUUGGGCUUGACUCUUAUGAAAUUAGUAUUAAGCUGUAUACCUACACACAGUAAAAAUAUUCGAUUUUACCAUUUUGUUCAAUUUGUUUCAUUAUUUGAUCAUGAAACUAAGAUUCAUUGUAAAUAUUCAUAACUCAUUUGUUUAUAUAAGAUGUACCACUUUCAUAGAUUUAAUAAAUUCGAUAGAAUGUUA